ACUGAUUCCAGAAAAAGUUGGAAAACACAUAUAAUCCACUAAAAGGGAAACACCAUGCACUCUGUAUGCUGAGUGUCACCCUGGAGCAUUAUGGGCAUUAAUAGGUGGUGUUUUCUGUGCAGCAGCUGCAGUAAUUUACGUUAGACUGACUAAUUAGACCACAAGCUGACCUGGUAUAACUCCCACCGCAGUAAGUUUGGACGUGUGCAGUUAACAGGACUUAAUAAAAAAAUCCUUAUCUGACAACUUUAGUAGAACACACAAACAACGAGAGGUGAUAAAGUGAGAGUGAGCACAGAGGAGGGUGGGGUUGGUUGCACCGCUCAAUAGAUUAAUCAUGCAUGCCUAGUUUUUUUGGCCACCAGCUUGUACACAGGGGGAGAGAGGGCUGCCUGUGUGUGUUUCCUCUCAGCUAUGGGUUCUUCUGGAAGAUGGAUGCUCUGGACCUUGUGUGUGUGUUUCGCCGCUCUGGAGAAUGUUGCACUCAGGGUAACCAUGAGGGAAUCCAGUCUCGAGGUGGUUCAAGGGGAUGUUGUUGUCAUGCCCUGCUCCUUCUUCACCUCCAGUCCCCUCUCCAGACUCAACAUUAUCUGGACUCUGGCUCCCUCUUCGAGUCCAGAAACCCCAAUACAGGUGAUUGUGUACGACCAUGGGCAGGUGAUUGAAGACCCUUCCCUUAUUGGAAGGGUGGGUUUUACAGGUAUUCCCUGGAGUGCAGAUAUCGUCCUAAAUGAGACACGUGUAUCAGAUGCUGGUAUUUACCGCUGCAUGGUCAAUAAUCCACCAGAGACGGCAGACCCUGGCAUAGGAGAGCUGGAACUCAGUGUUCUGGCGCCACCUUCGCUGCCUGUGUGCCAGUGGGAUGGAGACAUUGAUAUGGGAGGAAGUGUCACGCUAUCCUGCUCUGUUGCUGAAGGCGUCCCCACUCCGGAGAUCCACUGGGAUAAACUGAACCCAGAGGAAAUCGCACUUCCCAUCAACAUGGAGGGAGAUCUGUCAGGCUCUGUCCAAAUUGUCAAUGUAUCAUCUCAAACAUCCGGCCUGUAUCGCUGCUCUGCCACCAACCUCCUGGGAACAGAGAACUGCUAUGUCAACCUGUCCAUCUACACCACCCCAGACACUUCCUCUGGCAUACUGCAGGGUGUGCUGCUCACCUUGUCCAUGAGCUUGGUGUUGCUGGCGCUGCUAGUGCUCGUGCUGUGGCUCCAUCGCACGGGACAGGACGGGAGGUGGAGGGAGGGGAAAGAGGAGGAUGAGGAGGAGUGUUACAAUGAGAUUCGGUAUACUCCAUCUCUAAUGAAGCGCUCCUUUGUUUGAUUUAUCAACA